GUAACAAUGCAUCUCUAUAUAAAACCUUGUUUUAUUUCCUUAUACUCUUCAGUGGUUUUUGAACAUCUAUUCACGAGACUUGUGUUGUGACAAGGUUGCAUCAUGUUGGUAAUAGGAUUGACUUUUACAACUUUGUUACUUUUCGUCGACUGUGCCAGUUGGAAUGCUACGUGCCCGACAGUUAGCCCUAGGCUACUGGAUUUGAAGGAACUCGACGGCACCUGGUACCUAUCCGCAGCCGCAUCCGACCUGCAGCUGCAAGGGGAAUGUGCCACCGUCCAGUUCCAGCACGGCAGCAGCAACACCACCAGCGUCUCCAUCAGCUGGAUCCAGAACCGCACCGCGAGUCAUUACAACGGGUCUGCAGUCGCCAUCGCUGACCCGAGCAAUAAUGUCACCGGACAAAUGCUUAUGGUCAACUAUGAUGACCAGAAGACGGAGAGCUACUACUUCCUGGACGUGGACUACGAGCACUACGCGGUGGUGUUCGCCUGCAACAACUCGGCUGACGGGAACAGCAGCACCUAUGAGCUAUGGAAGCUCAGUCGCAGAGCACAUCUGAAAGCCGAUGACUUGGCCAAGAUAAAUGAUGCCAUCACGAAAUACGAUCUUCAAGACACCGAGUUCAUGAACUUUAACAACACAGAAGAAUGCUGCAAGAAAAACGCUGGUGAUUUUGUCAAUCCAGGGUCUCUCGUCAUGACGUCAGCUGUUGUUCUCUCGAUCUUUAGACGGUUUUAAUCUUUUGUGUUCCGUUCUUUUGAUGAACCUUCAGUUUUAUCCUUAUUUAAGGUACCAUUCCGUGCAUCGCGACAGUCGUAUUCCGCGCGCAUCAUCUAUACUCAUUCACUCCACAUUCUGAUAUAUUUUCUUUGCUGCUAUCCAUCAGGUGUCUUCUUUUGAAGAAUAUGAAUGCUUAAAUUAUAGGCCUAUUCAGAAGUGCGUUCAGGGGGUCUACUCUUGGCAUGAAAAGUACCGAUUGAAAGCCUUUACCCGAAGGUUCGUGUUUCAUGCAUCAACGGUUACCCCUCUGACUAGGUUACCGCUAGCUUUAUUGUUAACUUUAAUAACUAACUUAAGUAAGUACUUAUAUUUCAUAUGAAUAUUUUUUUGCAAUUCAAUGUUUUGCAUGAACGCGAAUGAUUUUGUUUCAUAUCUCAUCAAAGGUAUUUUUCAUCUGUAGGUACCUACCCGAGUAUGUUAAAUUUCCUUAGAAGAAAUUACGUUCAUAUGUACUUAUUAUCAGUGUAUUCAAUCAAAACUAAUAAUAAUACAUAGGUUAUACUUGUGAAUGCACUAAGCACUUAGGGCCUUACCACAAAAACUUAGACAGUAUUUAACAGGUGUUUAAAGCUGUCAACUGCCUAUAAAAUCUGUCAAAUUUCGUUUUAAACACUUGUUAAACAGUGUUCAAAGUUUUUUGUGGUAGCACAGUUAUAGUUUAUAGUAGUGUUUAUAUAGACUAAAAAUAAUAACAUAGAAGACAGUAGGUAAUAAGGUUUUGCUUUGUAACGUUUAAAUUAUAGUUUAUGCUUAUUAAAAGUAGGUAAAACUAGUUUGGUAUUAUUUGUUCAUUGUUUUCAACAGACACAAUUUAUUUAUUGAUGUAUUUUAUGAGUAAGAAUAAACAUUGUUACUUAUGUUCGUUAUUUUAUUAAAACUUGUUUUAUUUUUA